AUGGGUAAAGAAAUUAAAAUAACAGUUCAUGGACUUGGAGCAGCAAUUGAAAAAUCAAUAAAUUUAGUGUUGGCUCUUAAUGAUAUUAUGCAAGAUCAAAUUAUUUACAAAACUACUACUAAUACAGUUCAAUUAAUUGAUGAUAUUAUGCCUGAUGAUGAUGAUAAAGAUUUGGAAAUUCAAACCAGAUGUAAUUCAAGCAUAUGCAUUCAAAUUUCGCUUAAAGAUGAUGUGAAAAAAUAUGUUGUUAAUAAAAACAAAACUUUCACUUAUUAA